AGAAGAAGAAGCAGCGGUCAGCUGAUUCAAGCUAGCACAAAUUGAAAACUAGCAGUCUGGUUCCCUCUGUAAGAGAUACAGUUAAUGUAUGAACAGGAUUAUUAUCAGUUAUUUAAAUAUUUUUAAAUCUUCUGGGCGAAUUAACGGAGCAGCAGGAUGAAGGGUUUGUUCUGUCGAGCCGGUGCCACUGAUGCUGAACCCAAGUUCAUUAUUCAGGAAACGAUUCUCCCAGAUGUGUUGACCAGCCACCAGGUGAGAGUCCAGGUGAAGGCGUGUGGACUGAGCCCGCUGGACCUCAAGCUGCUCAGUGACGUUGGGAUCCAGAGAGAUUUGAUUCCCGUCGGCAGAGAGGUGGCUGGAGUUGUCCUUCAAGUUGGUCCCAAGGUGACCUUCUUCCAGCCAGAGGACGAGGUCGUAGGUAUCCUUCCUCUGGACUCCACCUGCUCUGGACUCUGUGAUGUUGUCGACAUCGACGAACACUAUUUAGUGCAGAAACCAGAGAAGCUCAGCUCGGUUUGUGUUGCAGCAGCGUUGCGUGAUGGUCUUUCUGCGUACACUGCUCUUCACACUCACGCUCGCAUUGCACCCGGACACACACUGUUGGUGAUGGACGGAGGCAGUUCUUUCGGCCUCAUGUGCAUCCAGUUGGCUUGUUAUCACGGCGUGAAGGUUCUGACGACGUCACAUUCGCCACAACAACACACAUUUCUGGAGCAGCUUAGGCCCAGCGUAGGUGUUCAGGAACCUUUAGUUGCCAGAGUUAUUCCGGUUUAUAACAACUCAUCUGACCUGCUGCCGGUGGUUUUGGAGGAAACUGGAGGACUGGGAGUGGAUAUAGUCAUAGACUCUGGAGUUCGUCUGCAGGAGGAAGAGGAGGAGGACGAGGAGAAGAAAUUAUUGCCACACAAACACGACAUCAUCAGUGUUCUGGGAGUCGGAGGUCAUUGGGUCACAUCACAUCAAGACCUGCAAUUGGACCCUCCAGAUUGCAGAUUACUGCAUUUAAAAUCCGCCUCCGUCUCUUUCCUGAACCCUGAAGUCUGGACGGCUUCAUCGGCCCAGCAGGGAAGAUACCUUCAUAUUCUGAAAGAUAUUGUGGAGAAAAUGUCAACUGGAGUCCUCAGACCUCAGCCGGAGGAAGCGGUUCCUCUCUACGAAGCCACAGUUGCCAUGGAGACAAUCCAGCGUCACCCGAAGAAAAAGGCCGUCGUUCAGCUCUGAUUGAAAUAAUCACAUUCUGCCGAGACUCGCGGCUCAACAGCAGCGGUUCUUUUGGAGAGGAACAGUCAGAUGGUUUUUACUUGUUAAUCUGUGUUUGAGGCACUGAAAAGCAUCACAGCUGCUUCCAAUGUUGUGUUAACACAGAAAAACACACCUUGAGCUCUUCAUGUCGCUAAUGAAUGUGACCCGAGGGCUGUACUCUGAAGCAAGAUUAAUAAGUUGGCAGGCAUGUCGACUUUAAAGGGUUUGGGAUUUAAAUCAGCUAAGAACUGUCUCCCUUCCGCAGAUUCAUACACUCAGCUGAAGUUUUAUCUGCUGACCUGUUGACCUGUGUGUUAAUAAUCCCACCGUGUUACUGUGAGUGCACGAAAGAAAACCUGGAUAAAAAAAGAAAGUAGAGAACGAUUAUUAUCUGACUGGGAUUUAAGGUUUUGUUAAGCAGGCUAACUCUAAAAAAAAAAAAAAAGCCUGAUAAGUUGAACCUGCUUCAUAGUGCAGCCCCUCAGGUCGCUUUCAUUUUAAACUGAAGUAAGAAACUUUCAGCUUCCCUCACAUAUGAACUUUUGACCACAUUCAUAGUAAUAAUUCCUGGUGACUUUCAUACUAAUAGACGACUGUCUGGUCAUUUCUCAACAAUUUUUUUUUAUUUUUUUGCAAAAUCACUCAAUAAAUCCCCAUUUUGUUUAAAAAAAAAAAAA